GUUUGUUGAUUUUUAAGUAAAUGUUGUGAUUUUUAUGUUUGUAUGGAGGAUUUGGUGUGGUUUAUGGUAGUAUCCAGUGGUUAUUGGUGUGAUAUGAGGUUUUGGAAGUUGUUGAAUAACUGAAUGGCCAAAAAUGGAUUGUUUGUGCAUUAAAAAAUUGUUUUGUUUGGAACAAUGCGGCGUUUGAUUUGUAGAGCUGGUUUAACGGCCCAGCUAGUGCGUGAGUUGUGGCGUAAGUAGCUACAUGUAUAUAUUUAUUAGCUAAUUCGGGAUGAUUCACGGGAUUUUUGGAGUAAGCGUUUUCAUCGGCGAAGUUGCCUGAGAUGCGUUGUUAUGGCUAGAUGUAACUUUCAGAUGGGUUUUGCGGCAUAGAAAGUAAGUUGUUAAUGUCAACGGACCGGAAAAAGACUGUGACCAGAAAGUUUAAUGAGUCACGAGACGUGAGAGAGUUGGGUGGAUGCUUUAGGGUUGGCACAGAAAAUUAAAUUGAGCCGGUCUGCACCGUUUCUUUUUUAGCAGCGGCGGGGUUUGAAAUUGGAAUCCAAAGCAGUUGUGAAACGAAAUUUGCGUGACAGAAAAGCGAAGCAAUCGACGCCAUUUUCCAAAUUGUUUGUGCCGUCGCGCUCAAGGCCGACACGCCUGCGGCCAUUCCAACCGCUUUGGAGGCUGCACUCCGUUUUACACCUACAUUAAUGUGGUCAUUGGAUAUGUAUUGACUUAGGGCGGCUAUCAGGUCCGUUUGUGCCUUACAUAGGGCGCUACGCUCCAGAACUCAUUCUUGUGUCUCCUGUUCCAGCCCCGUUUUGAGCUUGCUUACUGAAGUAACAAGUCUGUUAGGGUUUGGCCAAACGAGAUGCGUACCAGAAGAGGAAAUUAUCCGUCAUCUGACGAAGGGAUUUGCUUUCCUGUGCGACAGAAGAGGCGCCUGAUGUUCCCUGAAGCGUUUUCCUGGUUAGCAUCAAGCUACUUGAAGGAGAAUCCUUUCGAUGCCCUUCCUGAUGAUCUCCUCAUUUCAAUAAUGGUUGCUCUUGGCUCUUCUGCAACCUCACCGACGGAUCUUGUCAAUGCAAAGCUUGCAUGCAAGAGGUUUUGUUCCGCGGCAUCAAAUGAGAAGGUGCAUGCUCAUGCUUCCAUGGGGACUCUGAGCGUAAAGGCUUCAAAAUGGAACGAUGAGUCGCAUAAAUAUUUGAAACUUUGUGCAGAUGCAGGCAAUCCAGAAGCCCGUUACAUGCUUGGCAUGAUACAGUUCUAUUGCUUGAUGAACAGAGUUUCAGGCGUAGCGUUAAUGGCGGAGGCAGCGAGUGCAUCGCACUCAUGGGCGCUGUAUUCUCUCGGUGUAAUUCAGUUCAACGGCAGCGGAGCAUCACGGAAGGAAAAAAUGCUGAGGGCGGGGGUACUUCUGUGUGCCAAAGCGGCUGCCCUGGGGCACAUUGACGCCAUGAGAGAGCUCGGCCACUGUUUGCAGGAUGGUUACGGCGUGAAAAGGAAUCUUCAGGAGGGCCGCAAAUUUGUGCUACAGGCCAAUGCAAAAGAAGCAAUAUUAUGCGUCGCUGACAGAUGCUUCCAUGCCAGGAAACUCAAGAGCAGCAGAUGGCCUGUGAAGCAUCACGCCAUUAACGAAUUCCUUGUGGACUGGUUUGAAUUGCAUCCCCCAGCGCAGGGUCUGAGAUUGUGCUGUUAUUCCAAGUGCGGGAGGCCCGAGACUAGAAGGCAUGAAUUCCGAAGGUGUUCUGCUUGUGGCUCUGUCAAUUACUGCUCCCGGGCAUGCCAGGCUUUGGAUUGGAAAACCAAUCACAGGUAUAAUUGUACCCCUGUUGAUAAUUGGGAUGAAAGACAAGGACUAGAAAUUAUUGAACAGGAGGCCAUUGAGGGAGAUGGGAACAUUCAUGACAUGGUCAAUUCUUGAAUCUGCUUUCUGCUUUUUCUCUUUAUUCCCUUUUUUAUGUUGUUGAGAUAUGGGUUUGAGACGACCCCUCGUGCAGGGUGUCCUCGGGCUUUUUUUUUCGCUGUGUUGGGUAUCCCUCAAUCUUCCAAACCACAGGGAUUCUUUACCAAAACAUGCAGUUUACACAAAUUUACUAGAGUUUUAAAUCUUGAUCAUGGUAAAUCGUUUCUUAAUCAAUGUUAAUAUUCUUUGA